AUGACCACAGCUGGUAAUGUCAUCAAGUGCAGGGCAGUAGUAGCCUGGGGGCCCCAGCAGCCUGUGGUGAUUGAGGAGAUAGAGGUGGCCCCACCUGAGGCCAGUGAGGUCCGCAUCAAGAUUGUGGCGACAUCGCUGUGCCACUCAGACCUGUACUGCAUUUCGAAGGUUGUGGACAAGGAAUUCUUCCCAAUCGUCCUCGGCCAUGAGGCAGCUGGCCUUGUGGAGAGUGUCGGGCCUGAAGUCACAGAAUUUCAGCCGGGAGACAAGGUGAUUCCUCUCUACAUUCCUCAGUGCGGAGAAUGUCGCUUCUGUAAGAGUCCAAAAACAAACCAGUGUGAUGUCAUUUGGACCAGAAUGGCUUCCAAAGAUGUGGCACUUGCAAACUCCAGGUUUACCUGUAAAGGGAAGAAGCUGCGGCAGUUCAUGGGAACCAGCACCUUCUCUGAGUACACUGUGGCGCAUCAGAUGGCUGUGGCUAAGAUCGAUCCUGCUGCUCCUCUGGAUAAAGUCUGUCUUCUUGGCUGUGGGGUCUGCACUGGGUACGGAGCAGCUAUUAAUACUGCCAAGGUUGAGCCGGGCUCCACAUGUGCUGUGUUUGGUCUGGGAGCCGUGGGUUUGGCUGCAGUCAUGGGCUGCAAGGCUGCAGGAGCCAAAAGGAUCAUUGUUGUUGACAUCAACCCAGACAAGUUUGAGAAGGCAAAGAUGUUUGGAGCCACUGAGUUUGUGAACCCCAAGGAUCACACAAAGCCCAUAACCCAAGUGCUGAUUGAGAUGACUGGCGGGGGUGUUGACUACUCCCUGGAAUGUGUUGGCGAUGUGGAAUGCAUGCGCAGUGCUUUGGAGUCCUGUGUGAAAGGUUGGGGCGUCAGUGUGAUUGUGGGAUUGACGGACAUGCAUGAUGUAGCAACCAGACCUCUUCAGCUCACCUCAGGCCGCACAUGGACCGGCUGCCUGUUUGGAGGGUUUAAAAGUAAGGAUGCCGUCCCUGAGAUGGUGAAAGCCUACCUGGAAAAGAAGGUGAAGCUGGAUGAGUUCAUCACCCACAACAUGACUUUUGACCAAAUCACUGAGGCCUUUGAACUGCUGAGGCAGGGCAAAUGCAUCCGGGCGGUUCUGAGCGUCUGUCCAGAAUAAGUAUCUAGAUGGUCACAAGUGUUUCUCCAACAACUCCCCUGAAAACAAUUCAGCAAUUUAGUACACCGGAUUUCUGCUCAACACUCAUGCUAACAAAAUAAAAGGAGUCUGCAGACUUCCAGUGAGAUGUCAUUGUGAUGGUUUAAAUCUGCACUGCUAUAAGAACUAAAGUUUAAAGAGCAAAAUAAAUGGUCUG